AUGAACGGAGAAACCAGCAGCGAAAUCACACCCGUCUUCGGGCAACGGGCUCUACAGCAUUUCAGUUUUCAGCCCGGCUACCGCUCAUUCGGUGCAACACCGCGCAAGUUGCAAGAACGCGCACGCUAUUAUCAAACCCAGUUUGAAGAGCGGCCCGACCCAUGGCUUCGAUACGAGGCGCCCAAGCUGCUGGACGAGAACCGCGCGGCGGCCGCGGGCCUCCUCAACGCCCCCGUGGAGACGGUGGUGCUCGUCUCUAAUGCGACUGUGGGCACGAAUACCGUAUUCCGGAACCUGACGUGGGAUGACGACGGCCGGGAUGAGAUUCUGCAUUUUAGCACCGCCUACGGUGCCUGUGCCAAGACGAUUGACUAUGUGGUCGACUCGAGCGGCGGCAAGGUGACUUCGCGCGAGAUUGUGCUUUCGUACCCCUGCGAGGACGAAGAAGUCCUCGACGCCUUCCGGAACGCUGUUUCCCAGUCCCAGACGGAAGGGAAGCGGGCCAGAGUCUGUGUCUUUGACACCGUCUCGAGUCUCCCGGGCGUCAGGUUCCCCUUUGAGUCCAUGACCAAGGCUUGCAAGGAUCUGGGCAUCACUAGCUUCAUCGAUGGUGCGCAGGGCAUUGGGCAGAUUCCGAUUGAUCUGACCGCAGUCGACCCCGAUUUCUUUGUCACGAAUUGCCACAAGUGGCUUCAUGUACCAAGAAGCUGUGCUGUGCUCUACGUACCAGUCAGAAAUCAACAUCUCAUCUCGUCAACGCUGCCAACCUCUCAUGGCUACGUUCCAAAGAUUGGGACGAGAUUCAAUCCUCUUCCCCCGCCGGCAGCAGGAAACUCUGCCUUUGUUCACAAUUUCCAAUUCGUCGGCACUCUCGAUACGAGUGCGUACAUGUGUAUCAAGGAUGCAAUCGAAUGGCGCAAGGAAGUCUUUGGAGGCGAGGAGGAGAUCAUGAAAUAUAUACAGUGGCUGGCAGCCGAAGGUGGCCGGAGAGCUGCAGAGAUACUCGGCACAACCAUCAUGGAGAACAAGAGUGGCGGGUUGACCAAGUGCGCAUUGGUCAACAUUGCUCUGCCCAUGUGGGUGCGGCCAGCUCCGGGCGCAACCAACGCCCCGGAAGCGUUCACGCCACAACCAGAGGACAUUGUCAUUUCCUUGGAGGAGUCGCUUGGCGUGGACCGGUGGAUGCGAAAGAUAUUCAUGGAAGAGUACAAUACUUUCAUGCCUUUGUACAUUCAUCGCCAUCGCGUCUGGUUUAGACUAUCUGCGCAAGUCUACCUCGAUGUGCAUGAUUUUGAAUGGGCAGCAAAGACUAUGCUGGAAGUGAUCAAGCGAGUCGCCAAGAGAGAGUAUGAAACUAAAUAA